AUGGAACCCAAACCUGGAAUCGUGCAGUUGGAAGAGGCCAAGCAGGGCUUGGCGCUGGAUCGAUUUGGGGAUCAGGAGCACCAGGAAAAGCUGACUCGUCGCUUACUGCUAAAGCUUGAUUUUCGGAUCCUUCCUAUGCUAUCUCUCUUGUUCCUCUGCUCGUUCCUCGAUCGCACUAAUGUCGGAAAUGCCAAAAUCAUUGGCUUGGAAAGCGACCUCAAUAUCACGGACCACCAAUACGACAUUGGAUUGACCGUCUUCUACCUCUUUUAUAUCUGCAGUGAGCUGCCGAGUAAUCUCGUGCUGAAAAAGGCCUCCCCGAGGAUCUGGCUACCAUCCCUGACCAUUAUAUGGGGAAUAAUCACAAUGUGUUUAGGCUUUGUACAGAAUUAUGGCGGGUUCGUGGCAGUCCGCGCUCUGUUAGGCAUUGCGGAAGGUGGACUACUACCUGGAAUGGUACUGUAUUUGUCGUCAUUCUAUAGGCGAACGGAUUUGGCCCUCCGCAUUGGUCUGUUCUAUACCGCUGCGUCGUUAUCAGGUGCAUUUGGAGGUCUUCUGGCCCGUGGACUCGCGGCAAUUGCUCCCCGAGGAGGAUUGGAGGGUUGGAGUUGGAUUUUUAUUAUCGAGGGUCUUCUGACCUUUGCCUGUGGUGCGCUCAGUUUCCUUGUUCUUCCCAAUUCCUUGGACUCGGCUCCAUUCCUUACGACCGAAGAGAGGGAGUUUGGACGUGAAAGAUUGAUGUUGGAUAAUCCUACCAGUGCUGAGGGAACUCUGGCUGCCGAGGAGCAAUCAUUCAUGUGGUCUGAAGUACGACGGGGCAUUUUAUGUGUGCAAGUGUGGCUGUCUGCAUUUGCAUACUUUGCCAUUCUCUCUGGUCUUUAUUCAUUCGGUCUAUUUCUACCAACCAUCAUCAAAAACCUCGGAUUCGCCAAAGAUGCCAAUGAUGUCCAACUAUGGUCGGUUAUUCCUUAUGCGGUGGCAACGGUCGUUACAGUCAUCGUGGCCUUUAUAUCGGAUCAUCUACACCUUCGAGGUGUGAUUAUGUUAUUCACACUACCCAUUGCCAUUAUUGGAUAUGCUAUCAUUGGCAACAUCGAUUCUCCACGUGUUCAGUAUGGCAUGACCUUUCUCAUGGCUACUGGGCAGUAUGCCAGUGUCCCCUGUAUCUUGGUGUGGAUUUCGAACAACUCAGCAGGCCAUUAUAAGCGAGCCACCACAUCCGCAUUGCAGUUGGCCAUUGCAAACUGUGGAGGGUUUGUUGCAACUUUCAACUAUCCGAGUACAGAUGGCCCGCAAUUCCACCGAGGACAUACUAUUAUCCUCGGCUUACUCGUGUUUGCCUGGUUUAUGAUCCUCUGCAAUGUGCUCUAUUGCGCCAAAGUCAAUCGCGAUAAACGGAACGGCAAAUAUGAUCAAUACAUUGGGUACAAUGAUGACCGGAAUCCAGCAUUCAAGAUGGUGCUGUGA